UAGAUCAGUAUUGCAGUUCAUUCAAGAUAAGAUCACUAAUCUCAAUCGUUGCCAUUAAACGUCAAUCGAUUGCCAUUCUACCUAUCAAUUGUGAUCUACCUCUUGUGAUCUUCGACAUUAUCAUAGGAAAUACUUGGAAGAAGUAUUUCUAUUCAUUUUCUUCUAAAAUAUUUUGUGCUUUCAUUUGUUGAACAAGUGUUAUAGAACUUUUUCGCCCAGUGGCUAUUAAGAAAAUGCAUUAUUUGUGUCUGAAAAAAACGUUUCGAGCAAACGUCAAGCUUUUUCGUACGCGUCGACAGAAUAGCGAAGAAUGCUACGUAGAAUUAUCUCAUCAGAGGAAAGCAGGGGUAGUCGGCGAUGUGAACGUCUCAUCUAACACCCCCAUCAUUGUUUACGAGAAGGAUGACAAGACGAAGAAACUAAUCAGAAGCGCGUUGUUGAGCAACAAAUUCCUCAGUGAUCUUGAUGAAACGCGAGUCGAAAAUCUGGUAUCGGUGAUGUACCCCAAAAACGUGAAAGCAAACACACGAAUCAUUUACGAAGGUGAAACUGGUUCUCACUUGUACGUGACGGAGAAAGGUACAUUCGAAAUCUACGUGGGGAAGACGUACCAUGGGAGUUUUGGCCCUGGGGUCGCCUUUGGUGAAUUGGCCUUAUUGUACAACACCAAGAGACUAUGUUCCAUAGAUGUGUGUACAAACGGAAAAGUCUGGGUUCUGGACAGACACAUGUUCCAAGCAAUCAUGAUAAGGGAUAACGAAGAAUCUUUACAAUACAGUUUCAAGCUUCUUCGUCGAAUAGAAAUAUUUAAGGACCUGCCAGAAGAGGUCCUUUUAAAAAUGUGCGACUUAGUAUCUGUGGAAUUCUAUUCAGCAAAUUCGUAUAUAAUACAAGAAGGAGACAAAGGGAAUAAAUUCUACGUGAUAAACGGUGGUACUGUACAGCUCACGAAGAAUAAAUCGAACGGAACUGCGGAAGAAUUAACUACCCUCAAUAAAGGCGAUUAUUUUGGGGAAAAAGCUUUAUUCGACGAUGGCGAGCCUUUUCGUAAAGCGAAUGCCAUUGCGAUGUCUCCUGGAGUAGAAUGUUACACCAUAGAAAGAACGACAUUUUUGAACUAUCUUGGAGGACUGGAAUCGAUCAGAAACAAAAACUGGGAAGAGUGUAGGAAGAAAUCGAUCGAAGAAGACGACAAUUGGAAUAACAAAUAUCGACAUAUAUCUCUAUUGGACCUAGAAGUGGAAGGGACUAUCGGUGCCGGUGGUUACGGCAGAGUGGAAUUAGUGACAGUGAAAAACUUGUCAGACGUUAGUUUCGCCAGGAAGAAGGUGAAGAAACACAUGAUCACUCAGGGUAAUUUUCAGAAAAUGAUUUACAACGAGAAGAAUAAUCUGAAAAUAUGCGAUUCGCCGUUUAUUUGCAAAUUGUACAGAACCUUUAAAGACAAAAGGUAUUUAUAUUUAUUAAUGGAGGUUUGCUUGGGCGGUGAUCUAAGGACAAUGUUAAACAGAAAUGGUAGAUUCGAAAAUUCUGCAACCCGAUUCGUCGUUGCUUGCAUCGUAGAAGGUAUCCACCAUCUUCAUUCUCUGGGAAUUGUCUUCAGGGACUUGAAACCCGAAAACGUGGUUUUCAACAACUGUGGCUACGCUAAACUUACCGAUUUUGGAUCUAGUAAAAAGAUUGAUCUUCACAAAACAACAACCUUCAUGGGCACACCGGAGUAUUUGGCUCCUGAAAUUAUUCAAAGCAAACUUUACAAUCAGGCUGUCGAUUAUUGGGCAUUGGGUAUUCUCACGUACGAAAUGCUUCUGAAUCGAACACCUUUUCAAGAUGCAACCGACCUAGACAUAUAUGAAAACAUUCUUCGUGGCAUUAACGAUGGUCUUUUCCCACCUGCUUUAAAAAGCUCUACGAAACAUUUCAUCGAAUCCCUGUUGCAAGAAGAUCCCGUUAAGAGACUGGGUUAUCUACGAAAUGGUGUCAAUGAUAUUCGUAAUCAUAGGUGGUUUCGUUCUUUCAAUUGGCAAAACUUACAAGAUCAAAUAAUGCCUGCUCCUGUCGUGCCAACGGUGAAAAAUCAUCUCGAUUUAAGAAACUUUGAUAGAUUUCCUCCUGACCGCAAAGGGGUACCGAUUGAUGUUUCCGAUUGGGAUACAAAUUUCUAGCAAUUGUUAUUUAGUUCAAUUUGUUAUGGACGAAGUAUAGGAUAAACUUAUGGAGUGACUACAGAUAUAAAAAGACUGGAUAUGCCUUUGUUUCCGAGGGAUACUGAUUCUGAGGGGUCUCAGACACCCUUCAAGUGAAAUGUGGUCCAUGCUUCUUUACCAGCUCCUCUGAUUUUGGGGUUCCAAAUAACUCCAGUCAAAGUUUGGUCAAUUUUUUUUUUUUUUUUUUUUUUUUUUUAAUGGAAGAG